AUGUAUAACGACACGGAGGGGACGGCGGACGGCACUCCCGCGCACCUGCACCUCGCGCUGCUGCUCGCUCUCUACGUCCUCGUCUCCUUUAUUGGGAUCAUUGGCAAUGUAAGCCUAAUGGCUGCGCUGGCGUCGGCGGGAGCGUCACGCCUGCGCACGCCUCAGCUGCUAAGCGCAUGCGCGGCGGAUCUGCUGGUCUGCGCGGCCAGUGCGCCGCUCGCCGCUACCAGAGCCGCCAGGAUACAUCAUCUGCCCUGCACUGUUACAUUCUAUAUUGAGUCGUUCCCGGUAGCAGCCAGCACGUUGUCCCUGGUGGCAAUGGCGGCGGACCGGUCGGGCGCAGUGCGCAGGAGCCGCAACUCUUCACUCUGCGCGCGGCCUGUGAUUGCUGUCGCUUUCGUAUGGACCACUGCUUUCUUGUUGGGGGCAGCGGCAGUGACAGCAAUAUGUGUGACGUGGCCGCCCCUGGCCGCGGCUCACGCUGUCGUCACAUACUGCUUCCCAGUGCUCGCCGUCGCCCGGUGUCACUGGACCGUCCGCGUCAAACUGACCGCGUUGUCACUGACCGCGCGCGCGGCCCACGGCGAGCUGCCCCUACCCGUCCCGCUCAUGCGCAGACCCACACACGUCAUCAUCGUCGCCGGCGUAGGAGCCCGAGAACGCCGCGACGCCGUCGACGUCGGCGACGUCAGAUCAAAGAAGAAACUCCAGCCGAGCCUCCUAGGCCCGCAACCACAGAUGUCCACGUUACGCUCGCGGCGCCGCCUCGGCAACGUCCUAAUGUGCAUCGCCGGCAUCUUCGCCGUGUGUUGGUGCCCGCACGCGGCUAUAGUGAUCGCCGGCGCGUUCGGGCUCCACGUCCCGGUGAUGUUGGCUCAGUACGCGCUGCUGCUCGGGCAUGCGCACUCGGCGCUGAACGCGGCCGCUUACUGGGUGCUGAACCGGCACGCGCUGACGGCGGCGUGCGCGGCGUGGCGCAUCCCGCAGCUGCGCGUACGCGAGGAGCGGCCCUCAUCCACCAACGAGGCGGCGCUCGGCGCCUUCCACCCGCGGCUCGCGCGCCCCGCGCCCUCCCCGCGCCCGCCCCCCUCCAGCUUCCUAUAUUGAUGUCCGUCUAUCUUCUAAGCUCUGUCGAUCUGUGAUUCCUGUCUCUCAGUGCCUCGUAGUCUACGCGAGCCCCAGCAGGAGCCCGCUCGUUUCGUCGUUAUAAACGUGGUUGUUUGAGAUUUUAUGGAGAAUAAUAUCCGUGAAGCAAUAAAGUGUAUGAAACACU